GUGUUGCAUAAUGUGCAUGUAUCUCCUACACCAUAGUCUCCCUUUCCCAAUAGCUAGUGAACCAUGUUGCAUGGGUUACGAGCUUUCAGUGUGUUAAUUGGUGUCCUGAUUUUGCAGGGAUCUGAUUCUUUAGCCUCUUGGAAAGCAAACCUCUUCUUUGAGCCAGCUAAGUUUGAGGACACAGAUGUAUUAGUCCACAGAGGAAUCUACGAGGCAGCAAAAGGAAUAUACGAACAGUUCUUACCAGAAAUAACAGAGCAUUUGUCUAGACACGGAGAUAGAGCUAAGUUUCAGUUUACGGGUCAUUCUCUUGGAGGCAGUCUUUCAUUAAUAGUGAAUUGGAUGCUUAUCUCUAGAGGACUCGUUAGCUCUGAAGCUAUGAAAUCCGUUGUCACGUUCGGUUCACCGUUUGUGUUUUGUGGCGGUGAGAAGAUUCUAGCUGAGCUUGGCCUUGACGAGAGUCAUGUUCACUGUGUGAUGGUGCAUAGAGAUAUCGUCCCACGAGCCUUCUCGUGUAAUUAUCCUGACCAUGUUGCUCUCGUUCUCAAGCGUUUGAAUGGGUCCUUCCGUACACAUCCUUGUCUCAACAAAAAUGUAAGUCCUUAGUAUAAUUGUUCUUUUGGCUUAACGUUUUGAACAUCUUUGUCUAUAUUAAAAUACGGAUAGCCUA